UUCAAAUUAUAACAACAUAGCACCAAGCCUUAUUUAUGAAUAAUGAAUCAUAAUUCACUCAGAAAACCAAAAAGAGACCAAGUUUUAGUAAUACUAUUAUACUGCAAUAUAUACAAACUUUGAUUCUCCCUAGGUUUGUGUUGUGUGACACCCAUUGGUCGAUGCCGUUGGUUUUAUAGUUUCUUAUGGUUGGACUUUUAGUGCAAGCGAACAGGGCAGGGCAUGGCAUCCGAUGGACCUGCCUGGUUCUUCUGACUUCUUCGUUGCUGUCAUCUUCCUCAUUUGGGUAAUUGCUCAGAAAUGGAGAUAGAGUUGGACCCACAUGUGACCCAUUUAGCUAUGAUCAGCCACUAGGCGAUUCUGGAUAUUCCAUUCAAUUUUCGCAGGCCCCACGUAACUCACCCCUCAAACAGCGACGCCAUUAAUGGCGGAUGGGAGCAAGCCUUCACGAGAACUCCCCGGCGGAAAAAGCUGGCAAAAUUGCAGCACAGGUGUUCGACAAAUUGGGCAAUCGAAGUGAGAGUAAAGCCACAUGUCUAUGCACACUGCAUGAAACCUAUGCUUACACCUCGCUUGACAGUAACAAGUUUCUGUUCAAUCCUACAUCAAAACUCCUGCUGGGUACUACUGCUUCAGUCACACGAUUUGAAGGCUGUGAUGAUGGUGAAGGCGACGAUGAAGAUGAUGACUGCGCUUGCCGGCGGCCUCCGCGGCACUGUUUGAUGAUGAUAAGGUUGUAUACUGCUAAAAUUACAGCCGCUGCUCCUACAACUGCAAGGCCAUAGUAGAGGAGAGCCAUGUUUUGAAUUUGGUUUCUGGUCUGAAUGUGGAUGAGGAAGAAGAUGAGGAAUUUUCAAGAUGUGGCCCAUUAACUAUCGGUUUUUUAAUUUACAGAACGACUUGGGAAAUACUAAUACUAUAUUGCUAGUCAGCGGACAACUAAAGUUAAGAUCAGGUCACAUCCACUAGUGACAUGAUACGAAUGCAUUAAAGUUCAUAAAAUAUAUUCACUAGGAGUUACUGAAUGGUUAAUCUAAGAGCCGUGAAGGCAGAGAAUUGAGAGAACAAUUUUGUGAUAAAUAUAAAAUGAAUUGUU